AUGCUGAAGAGAGACGAAGAGACAGAUGCAGCCGGCAAUCGACGGAUGACCCCGAAGGCACUCCGAAAGAUCUGUGUUGAAAAGGGAGGGUACGCGACACCGGAGCUCAACGACACCGUGUACUUCCAUUACAAGGGCUUUUCACGCAUCGAAAAUCUUGACGCAUAUGUCGGAGUGAAGGCCUUGUGGCUAGAGGGAAACGGCUUUUUCAAGAUUGAAAAUCUGGAACCACUGCAAAAUCUGGUGUGUCUUUUCUUGCAGGAGAACCUGAUUUCUAAGGUAGAAAAUCUGGAUAAGAACCCAACUAUCAGGCAGUUAAAUCUUGCAACAAAUCAGAUCAGAUCAAUCGGGGAUGGACUUUGCAAGCUCGUCAAUCUAGAGACUCUCAAUCUCUCCAACAACAUGCUAGAGACGGUCGAUGACCUCAGAGGGUUGGUUGAGGCUACUGAUCCCGACACGAACGAGCUGGUGCCCGUCUGUCAGAAUCUCUCCGUGCUAGACCUAUCUAAGAACCGGAUUGAGGACCCUGCUAUAGUAACUAUCCUUCAGCGUCUUCCUAAUUUGAAGGUUCUUAACCUCAUGAACAACAAGAUUGUGCGUACAAUGGAGCGGUACCGAAAGACGAUCAUUCAUGCAUGCCCAAAGUUGACAUAUUUGGACGAUCGGCCCGUCUUUGAUGAUGAGCGUCGCGCAGUCACGGCUUACUUUGCGGGAGGCCCUGAAGCAGAGAUAGCUGAGAGAAGACUGUGUCUGGCUGAAAAGCGCGCAGAAGAAUCUGCACAGUUUGUCUCAAUGCGUGCCUUUCUCAAUGGCACGUCACGUGACGAGUGCAUCCAGAUAGGCAAUCGAGAACGCGAACGCUAUAUGAAGAGGUUCCACGAAACUGGAGAGGUGGACCAAUAUGGUGGCCGGAAUCACGCUGAGGAGGUCACCGCGGCAGAUCCCAAGUACCUCUAUCCAAUUUGGUCUCUUGAGGAGGUCGAGUCUGUUUCUAAGGAGAGCCUCAAAUCACGGAUAGUGGUGCCCAUUCAACUACACAGCAUGGCAACCGCUUCGGCAAAAUCAGAGGAUGUCCCCGAGUUGGAAGAGGUCACACUUGAUGAAAGUGGCAAUGUGGUUACCGUGCCGUUGGCUAAAGAGGAAGUGGACUCUGCGGGGGAUAUAACGGAUAUUGGCUUUGAUACAGGCUUAGGCUCAGAGCGCGACUCUGAAGAUGUAUACUACGACAGUUUGCCUAGAAACACGCUCGACCCCCUUCCCUCCAAGGCUCUACCUCCUGCCAUGGAAGCAGACACUAGUAAUAAUGACCAGUUCACUUCAAAAGAUAAGCUAGAGCAAGGGCCGUGUGAACCUGUGCCGACGCAAGAGGAUGGACCGCCAGCCAACAAACAGGAAGAUAAGGAGGACGGAUGUGAUUUCUCCGAGCCGGAUUAG